AGAGUGCAGAGAGAGAGAGCGAAAGGGCAGAGCGGGAUAGCGAGUAAGCAUCAAGCAGAGAGGAGAGUGAAUUGAAUUGAAAAGAACAACGAAGAGAAACUUAGUAGCGUUGUUUAGUAAGAAGGCAUGCUGUAAGGUCGGCUCGGCGUUAUGUCGACGAUGUGAGUGUGAUAGAAGUAAGUGUAGUAUGCGAUCGUGUUGAUUCGUGUAUCCUAUGGAGAGCUUGCACAAGUGGUGAUUAUACUAUCUAGCAAGACUACUUUACCAGGACAUCAAUUGAUGCUUUGAAUUAAGAAGAAAGAAAGCUUGGAAGAAGAUUCUCUGAUCUUUUUAAUCCUUUGUCAGAGUGGAUGUGAGAACUGUACUACUAUUAACUGAUCUUAAAAUAGAAACCAAAGAAUCCCAGUUAACAACUUCAUCUCUCUUAUCAUUUUUUUUCCAAGUAAAAUUGCUGUUUAAAUAUUUUCUUUUACCAUGGAGCCAUGCCUUGGGAAUUUUAACCAAAAUAACGUAAACAAGAAAUCAAUUAUUAGUGUACUCCCAUAACAAGAUGUAGUAUCAGUAAAGGCCAAGGUGAGGUGGCCUAAUUUCCUAAUAUGGCCAAAAGGACAGAACCACGGACCUUUAACAUUAGUGUUAUUGGUCUGUCAGGAACUGAGAAGGAAAAGGGCCUCACUGGUGUUGGCAAGUCAUGUCUAUGCAAUCGGUUUAUGCGACCAUUAGCCAAUGAUUACCAUAUGGAGCACAUCUCUGUGUUAAGCCAAAGUGAUUUCGGAGGCCGUGUGAUCAACAAUGACCACUUUCUGUACUGGGGUGAAAUCUCCAAAACUGAUGAAGGAGUUGAUCACACAUUCCAUGUGAUAGAACAGACUGAGUUCACAGAUGAUGUGUCUUUUCAGCCAUUUAAGACUGGCAAGCAUGAGCCUUAUAGUAAAAGGUGUAUUAGUACCAAAGUGCAAUCAGCAGAAAAACUCAUGUAUAUCUGUAAAGAACAACUUGGGAUGGAAACAGACAGCGCUUAUGAGCAGAAGCUGAUGCCAGAUGGCAAGCUGAAUAUUGAUGGCUUUAUGGUAGUGUUUGAUGUCAGCACUGUUCACAACCGGCCAAUUGAGAGACAGGUUGAGUUUGUUUCUCAAAUUCUUCAAUCUUUGCAGAAGAUCCGCAAACCUGUGGUGCUGGCAACUACAAAGCAUGACGAGGCUGUGGACCGAUUCUGUAAGGAAGCUGGAGCAUUGGUCACUCGCAGUAAACUCAAUAUUCCCAUUGUGGAGACCUCUGCACUUGACAACAUCAAUGUAGAAUUGGCAUUUAUGACACUUGCGCACCUAAUUGAUGGUACAAAAAUGAGGAAAAAAAUUAUUCCUUUUGCUGAUGCCUACCGAGCCCGCAAAGAUAUUUUAGAAGUUGCUACCAAGGCAUACAAAAAACUGCUCAAUACUCAGGUUACAGAUCCAAAAGCAUCAUGGACUAUAUGGAAAAAGAAAUUUAUGAAGGAGUCUGAUUAUAAUCAUUAUGUGGAAUUAUUUGGAACUGAAAGUGCUGUAGAACAUUUUCGCAAACAUACCAUGCAUUUAAAAGAACAACAGUUGCGGCAACGAGAAUUGCGAUAUCUAGAUAGUCUGCCAACAGUAUUACAAUACUUCUUAACUUCAUUGGAUGUCAUCUCUGACAAGAGCUGGAUUUCCUGUCAGAACUAUAUUUUCCGCCAUCCAGAUAUGCCAAAAUUUUUUAUCAAUAUGUGUGGAGAGGGUCAGACUUGGAAGGAUUGUAAUUGGUUAGACAGUGAUGAUAAGCGCUUACCAUUUGAUUUGCUCAAAUCUUCUGAAGCAGAGACGACAUUCAAGAACCAUGUCAAUGCGUUACAGGAACAGCAUAAGAAAUUAGAAUUAAAAAAAAAAUUCAAAGACUUUCUAGAAGAAAACAAGCAAGUUAAACCAGGCAAGCCAAUUAGUGAAACAUAUAUCAACUUUGUUGGCAAAGAAUGUUACACCAGUUUGAAUGAGCGAGAGCGAGAAGAAGUGUAUGAACAACACCAAGUGGAUUUGCGAAUGCGGGCCAAGCAGGAUUUCCAAGAGUUAAUGUGGGAAAAAUCGGAGAUUUUCACAGAACUCAACCCAUCAGUUAGACUGACACAAGAUGACCUCAAAAUCAUAACAAAUGCCUUACAGAAUGAUCCAAGGUAUCAGUUGCUUGAUCAUCUGGAGGAAGAUCGCAAAGUGAUGAUAUUAAAUCAUCUAGGAUUUAUCCAAUGCCCUUCAAAGGAAAGAUGUUAUUUCCGAGAACAGUGUGUGGAAGCAAUGGCACAGAAAAUUCUCAGUCACAGGCCAGCGAGGCCUGAUAUUUCAGAAAGUGCUGCUGCUCUCAAGGGCAUCGAACAACCUUUCUAUCUGGUUCUUUUAGGAAAGGAUGGACUAGCAUCUAAUAUCAAUCAGGAAAUCAGGCAUUUAUGUGUAGAAGAUGAAUAUAACUGUCAAGAUAUUUUGUUCAGUCUUGAUUACCGUCCCAUUGAUGGUGAUGUCACUCAAGAACAGCAUGCAUUUGUAACCCCUACCUUUAAACCACAUGGCUGUGUUUGUGUGUAUAACUCUCAUCACACAUUUGAAUAUGUGCAAGUGAGUUUGGAGCAGACUUGGUUGUCUGAUUUGGCUAGAGAAGAUGGUUUAGUUUUGGACAGGCUACGAUUUGUGAUAAUCCAGUUCCAUAAUCCUCUGCUUAGUGAACGUGAGAUAAAUCAGUUAAGAGAACAAGGACAACAAUUUGCAGACAACCUGCAGUGUAAAUUCUAUUACAUUCCAUCUGAACCUGAAGGCACUGAAAGAAGGAAAUUCAUUCAAGCACAAACUGAGCAUGCAUUGCAAAGCAUAAUACGUCCUGCUGCUUCGGCAUUAUUAUCAUGUUGGCAGAGUUCAGAUUAUUUAGAAGCAGAUAUGAGAAUUGCUGUGUGUAUGAUGUGUGGUGAUAAAUUUCCCAUGGAAUUUGCUCUUGCCCCAUUGCUCAAUCAAGAAUUCUUCCGUGUUGUUAAUAAGGAUAAUGGCCAGUGGCUGGUUGAUAUAUUCCUAGAUGAUCUUAGAGUGAGAUUGAACAUCAUGUUAACUUCAUAUCAUGGUGCUAACCUCAUGAGGGAUACACUUUUCCAUGGUUACAUAUUGAUUUAUUCGGCUCAGAGACAAGCUUCCCUUUCAACAAUGAGAGCAUUUGCAGCUCAUCUGCAACACCAGAUACCCAUUCUAGUCCUUGCUAUCGCUGAUAGUAUUGGUACUGCUCUAUUGCAUGAUGAAAAUGUGACCACUUUGAUCUCAGAAGGAAGCUCUGUGGCUGAGAGGCUGAAAGCAUACUUCAUGACUACGUCACACACUUUCCAACACCAGCAUUCUGUAUUCACACCUUUCUUUAACGAUGCAUGGGUUCACCGUGAAGACACAGAAAAUUUUUUCAUCCGCAAUCUUGAUCCACCAUCGCCACCCUUGUCGGAAUCAAACCCAAACAUCGACAAAAGGCCCCCAGCCCCACUGCCCAAGCCAAAUGAUCUGUAUCACACAACCAAGAGCAGUACAAGCAAUAGGUGCGUCUCACCAGACUGUGGUUGUCAGAGCACAGAAGACUCGGAACCUUUGUAUGAUCAUUUGGUUUUUCCCAACCAAUACCAUUCAGACAGUGAACAGGAACGAGCGUCAUCUCCUUCUCCACCUCCCAUUUCAUCACCAACUGACUAUGAAAUUAUUAGUAGUAUAGCUGCUCAAACAAAUGGGGAGCAUCUUAUAAAGCCAAGCGAAAUAAAGAGCCGACGUAACAAGUAUGUGGGGCCUGAUGAAGAUGAUUUUGAAGAUGUCACUGAUAAGUUGAUAUUUUCUCCAGAGUAUUUUUCUAAACAAUAUAGAGACCAUCAUCGUAGAUCAUACCCUGCUGCAGACGUGGCUGAUACCAUGCACUUAUUUAGCCUGUACGGGAUAAGUGACCCAGUUGCUGAGGCUCAUCUCCACCCACCAUCCGCAUAUCCAUUCAAGAAGUCGUCCAGUAUGAGGUUAUCUGAAAAGGCAGAGUUUGAAGAAUUACUGGAUACAUCCCUAUGUGAUAAUCCAAGUUGCCAGCAGGAUGAUACUGUAUGGACUAAUAACCAAUUUAAACCAAUAAGAGAUAAAGCAUGCCGAACCCGGUUGGAGCCAGGGCCAUUGAAUAGGAGACAGUAUGAACCUGUGGCAAAGGUGAUCACUCGCAAUAUUACCAACACCCGAAACAUGCCCAAUAGUAGCCGUGUCCAGGCUCCACUUGCUGUCCCUGAACCGAUAGAAAUAGCCGAUUAUGGUACAGUCAAGGAUGCUCUCCUCCAGUCUCCCACGGAGAGUGACUAUGCUCUAGUCGAAGAUGCUCUACCUGCAGGAAAAGUUCAUCGUAUCAAAUCAACACGCAAGAAGGAUCAUAAAGUAGGUGCCACUGAUUCCGAAGAUUCAGAAUUCAGCUCUCUAGAAAGAGAGUAUAGUGCUGGCAUUUACCACACAGUGAACCAUCGCCCCUUCCCACACAGAAAAAAGCACAAACAAAGGUUUCAAGAUACUUACAUGACUUUGGAGCCGGAUGACAGGUAUCUGGCUUCAUUAGAUGGCAUUUCGUUUGAUCGAGACAAACAGAAACACAAACUAUAUGGGCUGCCAGAUUUAGUGUGGGUACCAGUUCGCAGCCAGUCGCCUUCUGAUGGCAGUGAGGGCACAGGCGAUGAGCUCCUCGUUAGAAGGAAACCUCGUUCUUUUAAAAAGAAAUGUCGCUCUCCAACAAUGGAGAGCAGUACAUGCAUCGUUAGUCCACCUUUAUCAGACAGUGAUAAUGUAGGCUCGCCUCCCCAUCGCUAUGAAGAAAAUUUAUAUGAAACAAUUUGUCCCUUAGAUGACUACAAUCAAGGUACACUUUCAAAGUAUGACACCUUAGAUGACUAUGGAGAUCUCACUGAUGGUAGCAAUUGGAAGGACAAGUUCCAUGUGAAAAUCCGCCACAAAGAAAGCACAACUGACAGAGCGAAGAAAAAAGAAGAGAAAAAGAGACAGAAAGAAGAGGAGAAAAAGCUCAAAGAGCAGCAAAAAUUACAGAAGAAAAUUAAAAAGAAAGAUGGGAAAAUAGCUGGUGCAUCCCAAAGUGGUCUAGUAUUAGAAGACUAUCAAAUGUCAACUAAGAACCAUGGAGUACCUUUAUUUGUAGAAAGAUGUGUUGAAUUCAUUGAUGAAGAAGGUAUGACUGCCGAAGGUAUUUACCGGGUUCCUGGAAAUCGUGCCCAAGUAGAGUUACUACUAAAUAAAUUUCAAGAAGAUACUUCAGUUGACAUCUUGUCCUUAGAUAUUCAAGUGAAUGCAGUUGCAACUGCCUUAAAAGGUUUUUUUAAUGAUUUAAUGGAAGCAUUGUUUCCUUCAAACCUUAUCAAUGAGUUAACGGAAGCAUCUGAAGGAAAAGAUGGAGCAGGGUUUCCAGAGAAAAGCAGCAGACUAUUAGCAUUAAGAGGAGUCCUUAAGAAAUUACCACCUACAAAUUAUGAAGUUCUCAAGUACCUCAUUACCCAUUUCAGUCGAAUCAGCCGUUCCUACGCUACCAACAACAUGGACAGUAAAAAUUUAGCAAGGUGUUGGUGGCCAACUUUAAUUCGAAUGGACUUUCAGUCUUACGGAGAAUUGACUUACAAUUCUCGGAUUCCUCUUGAAAUUUUACAAACUCUCAUUGAACAGUGUGGCUUCUUUUUCCAUGGAGAGAAUGAAGUAUGACUUGCUAUGUCUGCUAUCCAAAUUUUACCUUUGUCUGUGUAUCUAUCACUUUCUCUCUCGCCUCUGUCCAUGGCAGGUGCAAUGUGGCAAGGGAUAACCAGCAGUUAGUCUGACAUACCAUUUAAUUUUACACUCAUCAUCUACAUUAUUAUUAUUAUUAUUAUCAUUAUUACUAUUAUUAUUAUUAUUAUUGCCAUCAUCAUCAUCACCACUACUACUACUGCUAUGAUUACUACUACACAGACACUUUUUGUCCCAGACAUGUUCAUCAGGCAUCAGUUGCAACUUUUACAUGUUGCAUUUUACUAGAGCAUUGAGUCUUACAGCAAUCUUAUUAUUAUUAUUAUUAUUAUUUGUUGUUGUUGUUGGGUAUUUUAACUGCUCUGAGUAACUUUUGGAUCUGAAAUAGAAACACUCUUUUUUUUAUUCCAACUGAGAACCAGAAUGAAGAAUGUAAGUUGCAGAACUACAGAUGAAGAAGAAAAAUGCCAAUGUUCAACUAAUGAUCAUCAGAUAAUAACAAAAGUAAUUGAUGCUCCCCUUCUAAUGGCUUUAUUUUUCUUUUUUACUUUUCCACUCAUUUUUUAAUUCUGUCCCCUUUCAAAGUUAUAAUACAAGGGCGAAGGUUUGAGUAGUUAAUCCAUGGGCAAGAAAAAAAAUUACAAGUAAAAAGCUAACAAAAAACGGUUUAAGUAAUAUUCUAUUUAACAAAGGAACUUACAAACAAAUCUAGACCUUUCCCCUUUUACAUUCCCUUAAAAAUCCAUAGUGAAUAGUUUGAAUAUUUACUUUCACUUAAAUAAGCUUAUGUAUAUUUUCUAUAGAAAAGUUGAAAUUUAUUAGAUGUAGUGUUAGGAAAAGUUGAAAUUUGUUAUAGAAUUAUUUGGGUUUUUUUUUUUUCAAUUAACAAAAGAAAAAAAAUCAGCAGAGAAAACCAAAUUUUCUGGUAGCAUUAAAUAACAUAUUUCCAAAGAAUGGUGGAUUGUUCUACAUUGAAAAUGAUGUCCCUUAGACUAUUUGUGAAUGAUUCACAUAUCCUCUAAGUAAAUUGAUAUAGACUUAAUAACUGUCAUACAGUUAUCAUUGUGGAUAAAUACCACACUUUUAUAGGAUACUCUGACACAGUAAUAUAACCGAGUAGAAUAUAUUAAAAAAAAAUCAAAUUUAUCAGUCUCACUGAGAGAUUAUUUUAAACUGAUUUUAAUGAAAAUUAAGUUGAAUUUCCUGAGAGCAGUGAAAUUAAGAGAAAUGUUUUAUUUAGUCAGCAAUAUUUUGUCAACUUUCCAGUUAGAUAUAUAUUACUUAAAAGUAAUUCAGAAGAAAAUAGUUAUCAAGAUCUUUAUGAUGUUAUUUUCAGUCUUGGACAUUCCAGACAGUAUUUUAUUAAUUUAAUUUAUUUUAAUUACUCACGGUAUUAUUGUAUUAAGCUAACGAGAAACAGUGUUUCAUCAGCAACUGCUUGUAAUUCUGCUGUAAUUCUGCUCUGUUCAGUACAAUAACUCUUUAGUGGUUAAAAUUAAAUGUAGAUAGGAGAAAACAUUGUUCUUAUUUUUCACAAACAACAACUUUUAUUUUACUACACUCUGCUUAUAGUAUAUUGUAAAUAAUAAAGUAUAACUGGUUCAUAGUGGCUACAGCUUUACUCUUCAAUAGUUAGUAAAAGUGUCUAGUUUAUUUAUUACUUAUUGCUUCUGUUGGAUAUCCAAUGAGAAACAUUGAUUUACUAUAUGUUUCUCCAUUGAAUAUUGUGUUGUAUUUUUCUUCGGUGGUAGAGGCCUUUAUUUGUAAAAAUAUAAACAAUUUUCCUAUAUUGAUAUAAAAUUAUCAAAUUCCCCAAGUCAUCGCAUAUUCUUUGCUAAAAAGAAAAUAAAAUGUUGACUCAAUUCUGUUCAGGUGUUUUUGCUAGAAUUCUAAUAAUUUUUCAUAAGUGAUAUCUGUAAGUUAUAUUCCACUACUAGCUUUUUCAGUUCUGCAUUGAUGCAAUAUCUGUUGGAGUUGUACAUUGUUUAUUGUGACUUUUUUUUUGUUUUUGUGAAAGUGUUUUCUCUAAUCACUGAUUCAAAUCGGUCACUAUCUCAGUUAUUCUACACACACACAGCUGCACAGCUGUUCAGAAAUGUGGUUUUGAUAUCACUGACACAGUGAUAAAUGUGCUGGAGCUAAAAGUCGUGGAACCCUUCUAGACCUAAAAGUCAUGAAGUCAAACCCUUCCAUAAUUAAUCUGGUAUAUUGAUAAGCAAUUUACAUCACUCUGUUGUAAAUUAGUUACAUGAAAUUUAUUGUUUGGUUAUGUAUCUUAUAACCUAUUACUGAAUUAGUUGACAAACCUUUAAGCAAGUUUUAUUGCCUUAAUGCAUACAAAAUAUAUUUUCCCCUUUUAGGUAAUAUUGUCCCUGUUCCUUAUAGAAGGCCAAACAUUGAGGCAUUUAUAAGUGCAAGCAACUUUGAUAUGAAAUUGCAGUUUUUCUGAUAAUUUCAUUGUUAUAAUUUCCAAUUCGUUCAAAUUCAUGAGCUAGAUCAGCAGAAUGCAUCUUGCAGUGCGCUUAAACUAUGGCUUAAAUCUGUAUGUAAAAAUAUUAUUGUUAAUAUUAGUAUCAUAUUCAUGACUAUGUAGAUGAGUUUUAAGAGGGCAGGGGGCAGUAUGUUUUGAAGGACGAUGUGCAACGGAUCUCAUGGAAACUAAUGAGAUUUUCCUGGAUUUGUAUGCAACCGAUAAAGACCAACAAUUGUGCACGAAAGGCACACAGCUUUAUUGUAAGAGAAGGGUUAUUUAGUAAUGAAGCCUCAUUCUCCAUCAUAGAGAGGGGAAACCUGUGUAGAUUGCUGAUUUAUUUCCCAAUUAUAUAAAUCUGCUGUUGGUUGUUUUAUGUCUGGUUUUGUUGAGCUUUCUACUUCCACACUUUCCCCCUCUGUGCAUUGAUGUUGAAUUUUGAUAUUUCUUUAGGAGUGAACAUACCCUUGCCAAAUGUAUGUCGUUAUUCCCAUCUCUUUCCUUUCUCCCAUCUUCCUCUUUUGUUUUUUUACGUCUCCCUUUCUUUGUCAUUUUUUUUCUUCUUUUACUUUCCUCAAGCAAAUAAAAACAUGAAGCUAUUAUUGUUUGGAUAGGG